CAGUGUGCCGUGUAACCUCGAGUCGAGACAUACAACUUCAAACAUUAGAAUGGUUUGACAUCUUAAUUUGUGUUAUAUUAAAUGUAGGGCUAUUUCGCGCCGUUUCUUUUAAUAGGCCUACUUCCUUAAUAAGUAAGAAAACUGAAGGUAACUUGGGUUCGUUUCGUUAGUUCGUUAUACUUUGAACAUUCUGUCCGCCCCGAACAAUCCGGCUGAGCGGGAGGAGGGUAACCGCGCGCGCAACCCCCGACCCCAAUGAAAGUGGGAACCAUAAACACGCGCGCACGCUUCCACUCGCAUAAAUCACGCACACGUCGCGAGCUGGGACAGCGCCGUGAGACAUGAGCGAGUACAGCAACGCGUUGGCGCGUCUGAGGACGUGUUGGUCGAAGUGUAUUUGCCACAGCCGCUCGAAACACUGUCGCUUUAGGUGUACGACCAGAAUCAUGACCGCUUUCAAAGGCGUGUGGACCCAGGAGUUCUGGCGCUGCGUGGCAGCCGAGUUCACCGCAACAUUUAUCUUCGUGCUGCUCAGCGUCGGCUCGUGCACCAACUGGUCGGCGGGGGACGCGCAGCACGCCUCUGCCCCGGACCUGGUCCUCAUCUCGCUGUGCUUCGGCCUGAGCAUCGCCACCAUGGUGCAAUGCUUCGGGCACGUUAGCGGAGCCCACCUGAAUCCGGCCGUCACGGUGGCCAUGGUGAUGACCAGGAACCUGAGCGUGGCCAAAGCCGUGUUCUACCUGCUGGCCCAGUGUCUGGGCUCUGUGGUUGGGGCCGCCGUCCUGUACGGUGUCACACCCGAGUCCGUCAGGGGAGGCCUGGGGGUCACCAUGGUCCAAACCAGUAUAUCGGCGGGCCACGCCCUGGUAGUCGAACUCUUCAUUACUUUCCAGCUGGUCUUCACUGUGUUUGCAAGUUGUGACCCUAAACGCAGUGACCUCAGUGGCUCCCCCUCUCUAGCCAUUGGCCUUUCUGUAUGUAUUGGACACCUGUUUGCUAUCCCCUACACUGGAGCCAGCAUGAACCCAGCCCGGUCCUUCGGUCCUGCCCUGGUCACCUGGAACUGGGAAAACCACUGGGUGUACUGGGUCGCUCCAGUCCUGGGAGGAAUCCUAGCGGCCUCUUUCUACACGUUCCUGUUCUUCCCCAACCCCGAGCGGAAGCAAUCCUACUCACAGGACCGCUCCAGGGUUCCUUUCUCCUCCACCAAGUACCGGGAGGUCCAGAGGAGGUUGAGCGUGGACAUGCUGGGCAAACAGCCUCUCUUCACCGUCAUGGACAUGGAGGCAUCCGAGAAGAAGCAGUGGGAGCCGGAGAAGGGGAAGGAGAUUGAAGUUUCGGGGGAGGUCCUGUCUUCUGUAUGACUAGUCAGGGGCCACCAAGACCCCCCUGCAGACAGCAGUCACCCGCCACUGAAAGAGACUGACCUUCUGUGAGCCCCCCCCUUAUGCAAACCUAUGCAGUGCAUAAAUAUGCAGAAAUGAUCAGUCACUAGUGGCACACGUAUAGCAACGUGAAGAUCAAGAUUAGUGUUUGAUCAGCUCACUGUUUGAAACUGGUUUGAGUUGUUGGGGCAAUGCUGGCCGUAGUACUUAAAAUAUAAUAACCAUGGCCAAUUAUACAUUAAAGAGACCAGGUUGUGAUCAGGAAUUAUGUAAAAUGCUAAAUAAUAAGCCUUGGAUAUAAAUAUAACAUAUGUAACAUAAUAUAUAUAAUGUAUCACAUGUUACUGUCUAAAGUUAGACAAAAGUUGCCAUAUUUGCAGUCCACCACUAAAAUGUACUUUACCAGUAGUUUUGCUAUGUACUUUAAGUUUGAUGUUAGAUUUUUUAUUGAUUCUUCUUUUACUUAAACUUGAACUAAUUUAGGUGAAGGUUUUUGAAACCAUUUCUGUUCACCAGCAGGAGGUGCUAAAUACCUACAUUCAAAACAGCCAUCUGAUUAUCUGCAGAACUACAAGCUCUACCCUUCCCCUAGUCUGCGAAUGGAGUUCUCAAGAGCACCUUUUACAGAUACUAUGUUGUUGUUGUUGUUGUUGCUGUUGUUGUUUUUUCAAUAAAAUCACUCAAAACACA